CGAAGUAUUGGUACGGUCCAGCUCCCCAAGGUUUCCUUGCGAUGACGUCACCCUGAUUUCCAAGAUGGCCGCUGCCUGGUAUCACAACAGCAACAUUCGGUCACAGAACAGGGCUGCUGGCGACUCUGCCCGCGGGUUCCUCUCGGCUGGAAGACAGGAAUACUCUGGCCCGACUGUGUGCUAGCCGCGAGGCACGACAUUACCGAGUUCCCGCCAUUAGAACGAGCUGUGUAGCGCUCCAUCUGUGAAAUACCCGCGCCGAAACAAAUGGAUCAUUUCAAUGGACUUCUCUGAAGGACAUCGCAGAGUUGUUUUGGAGAACAGUCCUUGAGAGGAGGGGGUGAGGAGCUCGUCUCGAGGACUUCCUUAUGAUCGAACUGACGUCUUAAGACGUCUUGAAGCAGCCAUGGCGACCCGGAUGGCGAGUCGGGAGCAGAAGGAGGAGGGGGAGCUCGCUGCUAGCAGGAAGAGGCGGAUGUUCGACCUCUCUAGGUACCGAGGUAUGCUACAGAGGGGCGGGACCAAACAGCCAAGCAGAUUCAGCCAGUCGGUGGACAUGAGUGGUGGCCCGCCGGUACUUCCGUGGGAGACCACCGGGCCCGACACAGCGGAGGGCGGGAAGAACUGGGACGCAGCAAAGGACAAACCGGCCGACUAUCCCCGAAAACUCUCGCUCGACUCCCAGGAUGUUGCCAAGUCUCCUCACGAGAAGAAAGGCGCCCGUCGAACUCGCUCGCUCCCAAAACCCAAGGGCACGUCCGAGUACGUGGUCCAGAAGAGCGACUCGCUUGCUGGAAUCGCCCUCCAGUUCGACACGACGCCGUCAGAGCUGGCCAGACUGAACAAGCUGCCGACCAGGAUGGUGUUCCCUGGCAUGAUGCUGUACGUGCCUGACCCCGAUGCCUGGACCGAUGAGGAAACGUCCGUGUCCAGCAGUCCUGCCUCCCCCCCACCCUCGCCUGCAAGCACAGAGAUUCCUUCGAGGAGAUUCGAUUUGCCAGUUGUACGGGAAAAGGAACCCGCCUCGCAGGACCCAGGUCAUGUGACCAGCCCCGCCCAGGUCGUGACCCCCAGCAGCAGCAGGCAGUCGUCGCUGGACGAGCUCGGCAGCCAGAAGGAAGACGAGUUCCACGAGCAGUUCCUCAAGAUCAACGUCAAGUACAUCACAGCUGGCAAGGGCACGGUAAGCGGCAUUCUUCUGGUCACGCCGAACGCGAUCAUGUUCGACCCUCACAAGUCGGACCCGCUGGUCAUCGAGACGGGAUGCGAAGAGUACGGCCUCAUCUGCCAGAUGGACACGGUUCUGUCCGCAGCCAUGUACCACGAUAUCAGGCCCAUGAUGGAACCACACAAAAGAGAUGAGAUUUACAAGUCAGGUGACUACAGCCAGGAGGAGACCGAACCAACCAGCUCCUCCAGGAGCAGUUGCCACGGCAACGGCGGAGCCCCGUUGCCGGGACAGCGGUCGGAGAGUUUGGAGGACGAGGUUUUCGGCGGUGGCGGUGUUCCCAAACCCCCGGCGGGACCUGGCGUAGAGGUGGCACAACUGGUGGAUUUGGGGGACACGAUAGCGGAUGGCGGGGGCGUGGUAGCGGACAGCGGUGGCAUUCUCGUGGCAGAGGGUUCGACGGAGGGUUCGAUGGAGGAUUCUAACGUGCCAAAGCCGCAGAAGUUCGUUGAGGAGCUGGUACCGAUUAUCGAGGAAAAAGUGGACCCAAACAGACUCAGCCCUCGCGUGCUCAGUCCUGAUGCAGGGAUCGAUGAGGAAACGGACACAAAGGGCGCGGGAAAAGGACCACCGGACACGGUCGCAGACCAGGUCAGGAAAAGCGGCUGUAGCGACGCCAGCGACACGGGGAGCGUAGAGAGCGGCAUCGCGGAAAUGGUGGACUCAGCGAACCAGAAGGAUAGCGUCAGGCCGGACAACAACGGUGCAAUUUCCGAGACGUCGUCGUCCGGGCAACCCGGGUUGCCGGGCGUCGACCCUGCCACAGACACGGCAACAGACGGUGUUAACGUGCAAGAGAGUUUAAACUUUGUAGACUUUUCGUGCGGCCUGUUCACCACAGAGGCGAACAGGUCUGGCGUACAGGACAUCUCGGAGGUGAUUCCGCAGGACUCCAGCGUACAGGAGGAGAUCGCACUCCUUAAAGACGCCUCCAAACUCUCGGAACCCUCGGAAGACUCGGAGCUGAGGAUGACAGAGACGGUGCGAGAGAGGCCGACAUUCCUUCCCUCCUUAACGGGCUCCUUCGAUGACCUGCUGCCGUCCCAGCCCCAGUCCCUCAGCUCGCCCCAAGGUCCUCCGCUCUUCCUGUGUCUCAAGGUCAUGCAGAUGAAGAAGUCCUUCACCGGCGGCAAGGAGGUCGUUAACCCAGGGAGCACCAAGUUGCCUGAAUACUGGUUCGCCAUCCCGAAGGACAGAGCCGACCACCUCUACGCGUUCUUCCUGCAAUGGUCGCCGGACGUGUACGGCCACGAGGUCAACAAGGCCGACCUGGAAGUGUCCGGUUUCGUCGUGCUCGGGGAGGAGACGGACUCGCUGGAGGUCGUCGACGACUUCUACUCAUCAGAGUCAAGUCUGUACAAGGACUGGGAGAUCGUCACGGCGAUGGAGGCCAGGCGUAGGUUGUCCAUGCUGGAAGUUGAGGACAGUUUACCGCAGCCAACACUCCUGGGCAAGAGCAACCUACUGGACUCCAAACAUGUCUCACUGCUUGCCCAGUUCCUGCCCCCGAGGACCGAGGGUUACGCCUGGAUGCUGAUAUACUCCACGUUUGAACACGGCAUCAGCCUCACCACCAUGUACAAGAAGAUGGUCGGAGUGGACUCACCUGUGCUGCUCGUGGUGCAAGACUCGGAAAAUAACGUGUUCGGAGCUCUGACGUCCAGUCCAGUUAAGAUCAGCGAGCAUUUCUACGGCACAGGAGAAUCUUUCCUUUUCACCUUCUUCCAAGACUUCAAGGUUUACAAGUGGACAGGUGACAACACUUUCUUCAUCAAGGGGGACAAGGACUGUCUGGCCAUCGGGGGAGGAGACGGCCAGUUCGGCCUGUGGUUGGACGAGAUGUUGUACCACGGAAGAACCCACGCCUGUACGACCUUCAACAACCGGCUGCUGACCUCCCAGGAGGACUUCACCAUCAAGGGGCUGGAGGCCUGGGGCUUCGAGAUGUAAUCCGACCCCCACACGGCUUCAACAAGGAACCCGACACCGACAGGGCUUCAAUACGUAACCUGAUAUACCCAUUGGCUUCAAAUGUUGUACCUGAUCUUUAGCGAAAAGUCCCAGAGGAACCUUGAAUUUACAGUUUUGGAUGAUUCUGAAAUGUAACCUGAUCUUAUGCAGUUGUAAUCUUAUCUCACUGCUAGGGUGGUGAGAUGUAACCUGAUCUUACAGCUGGGCUUGUGAGGUGUUACUUGAUCUUAUGCAGGUGUAACCAUAUCUUAAUGCUGGUGUUGUGAGACGUAAUGUGAUCUAUCACAGAGAUGUAAUCUGAUCUUACACAGCUGUAACCUUAUCUCGUCCCUGCCCUGCACUGUUGUUGUACUUAGUUAGCUGCAGGGUGAGUAACAGUUGCACAUCCAUGUAGUUUUGUAUGGGGAAAGGUGCAUCCACUUCAGGCUGUUGGGCUAAACUGAGGCAAAUUCUAGGCAAAUUCUAUUCACUCUGUUCUUCUUAGAUCCCAGCUGUGUGCAAGCAUGUCAAUUCCGUCUGACUAGAGAAAGUUGGUCCAGGUGCUAUAUCCACGCAUCCAACAGUCUGUAAAGACCUUUGUUCUCUUUAUGUCAACGUACUUGUGGCUGAAUUCCAUAGAAUUUGAUCACUAUCAUGGUUCCAACCUUGACAGCAAGUAUUCAAUGCCAGAGGACGCCCCCCCCCUCUACAGUAUCAAGUUUCCUACCAAACAGGCUGCAAUGCUGCAGACCGAAGUAGUUUCUUCUGUUCAGCUUCAUCAGUGCCUAAUGACUAUACCUGGAGUUACUAUUAGAAGGAAAUAUGAAAUAGGGAGACAAAAGAUUGGGCCUCAGCAGUUAAAUUCAUUGUUUUUGGACGCAAGUGUCAAAUGGGAUUCCUAAAGGUAUCAGACAUGAAGCUAAUACAAUGGGUUGUAAAGUACAGUCCGAUCUGACUGUGUUCACUCUCAGAAACUGAAUGAGCCAAAUUGAAGACCAUGGAAGACCCUGUUUUAUAUUUCAAAUUUUAACAUGUUUUGUUUCUGAGAUAAACUUGCCUGGUUACCAAACCUCAGCCCGAUCUCAAGUAUCUAUCGUGCAGGGGUCUGGCAGGAUG